AGGCGCCUCCCGCGCCCGCGUUAGGCUGCAAAUGAUCGGCUGGUUGCUACCCUCCGCAUCUCUCUUUCUGUCUGUAUGUUGGUUCGCGGCGCUACCCUGCAAGCAUAGCUUCAAUCAAACUGUCCACGUUCCUUCCUUCUUUUUCUUCCAUUUCAACGAUUGCAAAGCAGUGGCUGCACUGGACGGUUAUAAUCCUAUCUAGCUCCAUCUUUUCCUCUAGAGCUGCACGUGUUCUUUGUGUAGAGAUGAAUCACUAACUGGUCCUACCAAGCUAUGGCACGCUACUGAUUAUUAUUUCUUCUCCCGAGCUAC